AUGAUUGGUACCUUUGCCGACGUUGUUGUGUCGGACGCGAUACUCAAGCACAUACCCGGUUUCGACACAGCCUUGGCGUGGGAGGCGAUCCGGAAGGAUUGCUACCAGUCAAGCGACCCGAACGACACUGCCAGGGGGAAGCAUGGCCUUUCCUACUACGACAGUCUAGGUUUUGUCCCCGCGGACGUUGGUAUCGCCGAGUCCUGCUCCAGGACUUUGGACUUUGCCUUUGCCGACGCCGCCUCGGCGGCAGCGGCGGACCAACUGGCGCACCCAGAGGAUGCCCAGAGGCUGCGCGAGAGGAGCGCGCGCGCGCUGAAGGCGCUCUUCCGCGCGACAGGCGGCCUCAUGGGACCCCUCGGCAAGGACGGCAAUUUCUCGACCCAGGAAGGCAACACGUGGGGCAACUGCUUCAUCGAGGGGUCUGCGUGGCAUCACUCCUUCCCGCCGUUCAACCUGCCAGCGCUGCUCGAGCUGCACGGUGGGCGAGGAGCACUGAUGGCUCGACUGCGGGACCUGCUGUCGACGCCCGCCACCUUUCAGGUCGGGUCCUACAAGACCACGAUACACGAAAUGCGCGAGAUGCGCAUGCUCGGCAUGGGGCAGUACGCGCACAACAACCAGCCGGUGCACCACGUGCUGUACCUCUUCUCCAUGCUCGGCGACCAUAACUCAACUGCGCAGCUCGUGCGGCAGGUGCUCUCCCGCGCGUACUCGACGAGCGGCUUCGUCGGCGACGAGGACAACGGUGAGAUGGGCGCCUGGUUUGUCCUGAGUGCCCUCGGACUGUACGCGCCCGCAGUGGGAACCACCGACGAGUACGUCCUGGGCGCCGUGCCGCUGUUUCCAAAGACCGUCCUGCACAGCCUGGGCAUCACCAUCGAGGCCCCGUCCGCCUCCCAGGAGGCGCCCGCCGUCGCCGAGGUCCUCUGGAGGUCGUCGCCUCUCACGGGGGCGUCGGGGGCAUCGGUGCGCUACCGAUCCUUGCGGGCUGGUGGAACUAUGCGCUGGGUAUCUCCCGGCGAUGCCAGGAUCGGCCGCGCCGUCUCCAGGAUGCGCGGCACGCUCGGCGAGGCAAUGAAGAGGGUGAGCCCUGGGAUUGGUGAGAAGUCGCUGCCCCAGCGCGCCGACACAUGCCGCAGCCCGCCUCCUGGCAGCUGCCGGGUGCGGCGGCCGCCUGGCUCCCCUGGGCGCUCGGCGUGCUGCUCGCGGCGGGCACAGCGCACCGCUGCUGCACGGCGUGCGCGUGCUGCCCUGGCGCCGCAGACAAGGCCGAGUGACACCUUGCCGCGGUGGGCGGCCGCGCCUUGUCGGCGACGAGAAACCAGUCGACCAGUCGAUGCUGUCCCAAUCCAUGCAGAUCUCCGACGAUGUGUGUCCUUCGAUCCGUAG